AUGCCCCUCCACAUAGCCAACCUCGGCUCCUCCUUCGCCGCCGGCCCUAGCAUCCCGCCAUGCGUAGACGACGCGGCCGGGCGCUCCGGGGCAAACUUCGCAUGUCUAGUAGCCAAACGCGCCGGCGCCCAGCUUACGGACUUAACGGUCUCCGGCGCCGUCCUGCCUAACAUAACAACAGAGCCCCAAGAUCGCGGCGGCUGCCUAUUCCCGCCGCAGAUCGAAGGGUUGCCCGCGGACGCGGACGUGGUGUUUGUGCUCGGCGGCGGCAACGACAUCGGGUACAUCGGGGGGCUAUUCGAGGACACGCUCAGCGCGUCCUGGCUAGGCGCCUUCGUCAUGCGCGUGCGCGGGACAGGCGGAGCGCCCCUCGCCACCACCGUCCUCGACGUUGCGGGGCUGGCGGCCAGGUACGGCGGGGUCCUAGAUGCGAUCCACGAGAAGGCGCCCAAGGCCAAGGUCCUAGUGGUCGAGUACCUAACGAUGCUAGGGACGCACACGCGAGCGGACACAGACGUGCCCUUCGGCGAGGAGAGAGUCGCGCACCACCGUGCCGUAUGCCAGCGGCUGCUAGAAGCGACUGCUUUGGCGGUCGAAGGCCGCGAGGCUUGGGCCGAGGUGGUUCCUGUGGGCGCGGCAAGCGAGGACCAUGCGAUCGGGGCCCCGGAACCCUGGGUCUCGGGGUUCACGUGGAAGCUGUUCUACGCGGGCGGCGCGUAUCAUCCGCGGGCCGAGGGCAUGAAGGCCGUUGCCGAUAUACUGUAUAAGAAGCUAGUCGACCUGGGGAUAGUGGACGACGGCGAGCUAUGA